AUGACGGAAUUCAGUACCAUACGAGGUCUAUUCAAAAAAGAAGUUCCGCCAGAGAAAUUGAGCGUUUUAGACGAGACUGGCGUCCAUAUACAGAACUACAUUCUCGGACCCUACAACGAAGGAUCGUCCAUUAAUAUUACUUGUGUCGCCACGGGAGGUCGUCCUCCUCCCAGAGUAACAUGGUGGCAAGAGAAUGCCCUGCUUGACGACUCGUUCGAGUACCUUUCAGAAAGACGAAUACGCAAUAUCCUGCACAUCGAUAAGCUAGAACGAAAACAUUUGCACACUGUGUUCACCUGCCAAGCAUCCAACAAUAAUCUGGUUACGCCGAUUUCCAGCUCAGUUACUCUCGACAUAAACCGUAAGUUUGUGAAAUUUAUUAUGAAGGAAUGUUGCCAAGUUUCCGAUUAGUUAUAUAUUCCGGGUGAAAAUAAGUUUUCACCUCGGUAGAACCGGAAAAGCGGUCGGUAUAUCAAUCUAGCGAUAACAUUUCGACGGAGAAGGAAACUUUUAAAUUUGCCGGGUGUUUGAAACUGAAA